GUUGUCACUUCCAGGUUUUGCUGCCACACUCAUUAGGAAGUCAUAUGAUGUCAGAAGAGUUGACAUCACUCCCCUGGAGCAGAGGAAGGUAACUUUUGAUACCCAUGCUUUAGUUCAGGAUUUGGAAGCCCAUGGCUUUGCAAAGGAACAAGCAGAGACCAUCGUGUCAGCGUUAGUAACCCUGUCGAAUGUCAGCUUAGACACAGUCUAUAAGGAUAUGGUUACUCAGGCUCAGCAGGAGAUAACUUUACAGCAGAUAAUGGCACAUUUGGACUCCAUUCGAAAAGAUAUGGUCAUCCUGGAGAAAAGUGAAUUUGCAAACUUGAGAGCAGAGAAUGAGAAAAUGAAAAUUGAAUUAGAUCAAGUUAAACAGCAGCUAAUGAAUGAAACCAGUAAAAUCCGAACUGACAGCAAGCUAGACAUAAACCUGGAAAGGAGCAGAGUGACAGAUAUGUUUACAGAUCAGGAGAGGAAACUGAUGGAAGCAACUACAGAGUUUCAUAAAAAAGAUUCAAGUACCAACAGUGUUAUCUCAGAAAUCAGUAAUAAAAUUGACACUGAAAUAGCUUCCUUAAAAACACUCAUGGAAUCAAAUAAACUUGAUACGAUACGUUAUUUGGCAGCUUCAGUAUUCACCUGCUUAGCAAUAGCACUGGGUUUUUACAGGUUCUGGAAAUAGAUCUAAAUGGAAUGACUGCAUCAAAUACCGAUGGAGGAAAGGCCACCCAGGCAACAUCAGUUCGACAGUCACGUUUGCGCUGUAGAUAACUGUGGUACCUUUUUGUUUUGAUAUUCUUACUGCACACUAACAACGUUUUCUGAAUAUGUAGCGCUAAAGAUCAAAAUAAUGGAGGGGGGAAGUAGGGAAAUGGUAAUAUUUCAUUGUCCUUUACUGAACACUGUAUUUAUUUAAAAGGACUUCUUAUGCUAAAUGAGAAAGUGUUUC